AUGUUACCUAAAUUAUCCACGGUUAAUUGUGACGUAAUCGAUGGUGUUAGUAAACUAUUGUUUAUAUUCGAUAUUCUUCAAUACGGCCGACCCGACAUAAUAGACGAUAAAAAUCUAUUAACACUACUCGAUCCAAUUAUGAAAUAUAUCUGUUCAAUAAAUUAUUUCACUAUACUCACAAACUUAGAAGCAACGGAAACGCUAACUGUUCAGGAAGAAUUUCUUGUUAUUACGUGUCCAAAUUAUUUUUCACUUUAUCUUGGCAUAUACGCUGAAAGAUUAACGAAUGAACUAGGUGACACAAUGUUAAAACGUUUUGAACAAGUUCUAUGUCAAUUAACGCAAACCGUAUCUAAGUGGAAUGAGGCAACGAUGAAAGCCGUUCAAUAUAUCAGUUACGUCUUAAGACGAUUUGGAGAAUUUAACUCAACACGACAACGAUUAAAUGGCCAUUUAAAAAUUAUCGAUUCACUCAUGAUAAUUUUGAACUCAUCAUAUCUACAAAUUCAGGUUCUUAAACAAGAACAGAACGUUGAAACGGCUCUUAUUUAUGCCGUUAUUUGGGUCUUAUCACCAUUAGGAGACGAUUUAGAGCUCACCGCUUAUAUCAAAACCAAUUACAACACUCAAACGUUUAUGACGUUAACGGAUGCAAAAUAUAAACCGAUACGAACGUAUGCAUAUACAAUAUUAGCAUUUGUAAUGAGCGAAGAUGAUAUUAAACAGUUGGAUGAUCCGGGUAAAAUAACAGCGGUAUUUAUCGAUUUUAUUAAACAAGCUAUAGAUAGUCAAUUUCAAUUAAGUCCUGGUGGAAAAUUAAAAAAUUUAUUAGAGAGUUUGAGAGGUAAUAUAUUUUUAUUAUCUGCGUCAGGCAGACAAUACAACUUUUCAGCUACGUUUCAUGCAUUGUUCGUUUACUGUGCAAGGCAACCAAAAUAA